AAAUGUCGUGUGUGACAAUCAUCAAAGCUGCAUUGGCAAGGCUUUUAUUUGCCAGUCACUCAUGGAUUACAGUUUGGAGGGUAGUUGAGCAGGAAAAAAGUGAUUGGUAUUGGAGGGUAGGAAUUGCUAUCAUAAUGAUAUUAAUGGUGGAAGGUUUCCAUGCUUUAUGCUACAGAAAAGGCGAGGAACUGGCAUGGCUCUGUCCUAGUGUCCUAAUAUACCUUUCUUGCAUAAUACCAUCGAUAUGGAUUUUAGAGCUGAGGACCAACCGAAAGCAGCUCCUCUGUCAGUAUCUUACUGCAGUUCAAGAAAUGCCAAAAAAUAAUAAACUGCAAAGUGUUGUCUCAGACAUAAUGCAGAUAAGCGAAGAAGAUAUCAAAGAGGCCCACGAAAGUUGCAGAAAUAAUCCCGAACAAGCCAAUCCAACCAUUGUGCCAGAAAACGAAAUCCCUGGUUUUGGUUUCAAUACCCAAUUAAAACCAGAACAAUGGACAAGAAUAUUGGAACAAGUGGUGCUGGUUGUACUAAUUUGGGGACGUUGGCUCCUACCCAAAGGUCGCUUGUCCCGAGAUCAAUUCUCGCAAAUGAUGUUGGUCUUUAUUGGUAUGGCUGCGGACAUCGUCGAAGUUUUUGAAGCUUUUCGAGAGACUCGCGUUAUGUUGGAACCAGCACUCACAUUUGCAAUCCUUGGUGUUUGGUCUUUGAGCCUUCUCCAGUUUUGUUUGGUUCUCGGCAGUGACCAAAGAGACGGACGCACAAGGUCGAAUGGCCCCAACGGGGAUGAUGACGGUGCUUCCAAUGUACGGAUGAUCCACAUGGAUAUGAUCGCAAUUGCCAGUGCUUUGUUACUACAAGAUCUGCCUUUCCUUUGCCUACGUUUGACUCUAAUUUUCAGGUACAAAGUCAUCUCUCACAUGAACAUCUUUUUUACUUGUAAAAAUUCUUUGGUGAUGCUUUUACAAAUGUACCGGUUUUGUAUUCUUUGCCUGGCAACGAGGCCCACAAGAAGAAGGCAGUCUAGAAUAUUUUCUUUAUUGCCACAGUUCUCUUGGGGUGAAUCCAUUCCCGAGGAAUCUUCAGAUAUCCUGUUUUCGAACUAAAACAAGGGACCAUGAAUCAAAAAGUAACAAAUGGUUUUGCAUGUUCACAUCGCUGCAAAUGGCAGAGACCCUGAUUUAUUCCCUGUGGAAGGCUUGUUGUCUGCCAACUAAUCGAAGAUUUGUGGGGGAAUCCUAUACAUCGCUGUCUUCAAAAUGUGAUUAGUUCGAGCAUACUAUACAAUAAAGUUUUUAUUGCGAGAAUGUUUU